AAUUACAUAAUAUUCCACCGUUACAUCCUAUGGUUGUAUUUUCGUUAGUUUGUUCUGAUGUCGUGUCAUUAUCGCUUGUGUUUCAGGUAAUUAUUAAUCCACUCUGCGCAAUGUCGAAAUCAAUUUCAAUGCCCGUACAUUAAGAUUUUCGUUAAGAUUUUAUGUGUCGAGAGGUAACAAUGAAAAUUCAUACACAAAAACAGUAAAAAAUAUCAACAUUUGUACAAUAUUUCAGAAUCUAGUGAUUAUGUGGACGAAUGCAAGGUGAAAUGAUCGUCUGGUUUUCCGUCAUCAUAGCGACGAUCGGUUGGUGCGUGGACUGUUACAUCGAAGACUUGUGUCCGAAUUGCAAUCUCUAUCAAGAUUCAGCUGAGGUCCGGUCCCACUGCGCCUACCCGUGUCAGUGCGCCAACAGGGACCCGGUUUGCGAACCGGGAGUGCCACACACCCGCGACGGAUGCGGUUGCUGCCCCGUGUGCGCCAGACAGGAUGGCGACCCGUGCGAUGGCAUCGCCGUAUGUGACCAGAGGAAAGGGCUGGUGUGCCAGUACGACGACUACUACAGCCCGGCCGGCAUAUGUAGAGUAGUAAAAGGCUUGCCGUGUACGGUGUACAACAAGACGUACGACAACGGAGAAACGUUCAGACUAGAUUGCAGAACGCAGUGCACGUGUCAGAACGGCACUUAUGCCUGUGCGUCGUUGUGUCCACAAGAAAAUAUAUCUCCUCAAGGACUUUGCAGGCAUCCCCGAUUGGUCGAAGUGCCCGGACAGUGCUGCAGGGAAUGGAUGUGUGACAACGUGAAUAUGGAAAGGCCGCCAAAUUGUGAAGCAUUAGUGACACCUUGGGCGGAAUGUUCGUCACAGUGCGGAUUAGGCCUUUCUAGGCGCAUGUCUAAUGCAAAUGAAGCGUGCAAGCCUAAUAACGAAACUAGACUUUGCCAAAUUAGGCCGUGUCACUCACCACCACUAGUGAAUGCUAAAUAUGCAAGACAUCAUCAUAUUAGAAAGGGACACGAGUGCAAGGCGACGAUCAAGUCGACGACACCGGUCCGGCUGAAGUUCGGCGACUGCAGGAGCCGGAAGACUUUCCACCCGAAGCGGUGCGGUGGCGCGUGCCCGUCCACGACUGGCGGUGUUGGUGGAGGCAACAGCGGCGGUGGAGGCAUCGUUUGCGCCCCCGAGCUCAGCACCACGGUCAAGGUGGAGUUCCUGUGCCGGAGCCCGGUGGAGGGCCAUGACCGGCUGGACGGCGCUGUACCCGGCGACGACCUUUGGGAACCAGUGCGCAGGCCCUUCUCGGCCACGGCGGACGAUUACGUCCACAGCGUGUACGUGGACGUCGAGUGGAUCGUGAAAUGCACGUGCCGGCGGCACGCUGACUGACGACGGCGGCGGCCGUGAACCGCUGGGCGUCUGAAGCCGACGCCGAUGCCCCUGCAGCAACCAGCCGCCCGCGACUUGGCCGAACUGUGAACGUUUAUUAUUUUACAUAUUUCAAUAAUCGCGACACACACACACACACACACACACACACACACACAUACACACACACUUACAGAACACACAAACCACAUGACGACGGUGACGACAACCGAGUUUUUUGAGAGUUUUUGUUUACGAUUUAAGAUCGACGUUUAUUAUUUUUGUUAGAAUUAUUAUUAUUACUGGGGCGUUUCUCGAUCUUUGAAUACACGCGACCAGGUUUGCCAAGUGAUAUUUUAUUAAAAAUUUGUUUCCACUGAAAUCUUUGCACCCACCAAAUAUAAUAGUUCCCCGCCGGUUUCAUUACUUAGAAGUUCUAUGGUUUUUUGAAUGAACCCCCGGCUCGAUGGCUCGGUGCAUGUCAAUAAUAUUAUUUAUUUUGUAUUACACUAUAAAUAUUUAAAAAAUGUUUUAAAAAUGAAUAUAAUUGUAUGGUCAGCUGGACCCACAUAAUUAUUCAUGACUCAAUAAAUCUGGUCUUUACCCAAAUUUUGAGAAACGCUUCAUAUUUAGGUAGAUAGAUUUGAGUACGCAUGAAGUAUGCAUCGUCAAAAAUAUGAGUUUUGAAUUUUAUAGAUUUUUUUUUCGCGUAUACCCAUAUUAUAUUAUUAUAUAACGUUUCCCCCGCAAAGAGUACCCUCACGUCCAUAGAUGGAGUUAUAUGAAGCCAAAAAUAUCGUUUGGAUCCCAAAGUUUAGAAACGCAAAUUCCAUUCAUUGAGGUGAUAAUUUUACAAAAAGCCUACAAAUCCCAUUGGCAGUAUCGCUUUCGAAAACAAAUAUACUUUGUAAGAAUAUUCAAUUCCGUGUUUUUGAAAAAUAAAAUACGCUCCCUGGAGGACCAACUGUAAUAUACUAUUAUAUUUUCAUCUCAAACGCGCUAAAAAAACAAUCACUAAUAAUAAUCGCCCGUUAAGAACCAUUGUAGUUAUACACAAUGUAACUAUAUAUCAUUAACUCAAUUUGUACAUAACGCACUCUAAAAUCUGACGUAUUUUACAAGUAGUUGUUAAUCAUUUACUCCACUUAUCUACUCUGUUUUUAAAAAUAAUGGGAUUCGUUGUAUGCAUAAUAAUUACAUACAAUACGCCGUAGGUAUAAUAUUAUAUAUUAUUAAUUAUUAUGUGCAUCGUACCGACACGCAUAAUCAAACGAAUAAUAUUUAAAAAAAAUUGUAACAAUGUUGUUACAAAAUAUUAAAUUUUUAUAAUAUUAUAUUAUGAUA